AUGAGAUGGCGACGCGCCCCGCGCCGCCCGCUGGGUACCAGCCUCAGAGCCCCGCAUCCCCGGCCCGCCGGCCGCUCGCCUCCGCUGCUGCCGCUGCUGCCGCUGCUGCUGCUGCUGUUGGGGACCGCGGCCCUGGCGCCGGGGGCGGCGGCCGAGCGGGCGGCUCCCGCGGGGGCCUCGGUGUGCUACUCGUCUCCGCCCAGCGUGGGCUCGGUGCAGGAGCUGGCCCGGCGCGCCGCGGUGGUGAUCGAGGGAAAGGUGCACCCGCAGCGGCGGCAGCAGGGGGCACUCGACAGGAAGGCAGCGGGCGAGGCAGGGGCAGGGGCGCGGGGACAGCACGCCCAGGACCCACCGCCCUCCCAGGACCCUCCGCCCGCUGCCAACUGGACCCUACCCACCGAGUCCCCUGCGCCCAGCACCGACCAACUCGGGGACCCUGCGCCCUAUCUGGUGAAGGUGCACCAGGUGUGGGCGGUAAAAGCUGGGGGCUUGAAGAAGGACUCCUUGCUCACUGUGCGCCUGGACACCUGGGGCCACCCAGCCUUCCCGUCCUGCGGGCGGCUCAAGGAGGACAGCAGGUACAUCUUCUUCAUGGAACCCGAUGCCAACAGCAGCGGCCGCGCGCCACCCGCCUUCCGAGCCUCGUUCCCCCCACUGGAGACUGGCCGCAACCUCAAAAAGGAGGUCAGCCGGGUGCUGUGUAAGCGGUGCGCCCUGCCUCCCCGAUUGAAAGAGAUGAAAAGCCAGGAGUCUGCUGCAGGUUCCAAGCUUGUGCUUCGGUGUGAGACCAGUUCAGAAUACUCCGCACUCAGAUUCAAAUGGUUUAAGAAUGGGAAUGAGCUGAACCGAAAGAAUAAACCACAAAACAUCAAGAUUCAGAAAAAGCCAGGGAAGUCCGAACUUCGAAUUAACAAAGCGUCACUGGCUGAUUCCGGGGAGUAUAUGUGCAAAGUGAUCAGCAAGUUAGGGAACGACAGCGCCUCUGCCAACAUCACCAUCGUCGACUCGAAUGAGUUCAUCACUGGCAUGCCAGCCUCAACCGAAAGAGCAUAUGUGUCCUCAGAGUCUCCCAUUAGAAUAUCAGUAUCUACAGAAGGCGCAAAUACUUCUUCAUCCACGUCUACGUCCACAACUGGGACCAGCCAUCUUGUAAAGUGCGCCGAGAAGGAGAAGACUUUCUGUGUGAAUGGUGGCGAGUGCUUCAUGGUGAAAGACCUGACAAACCCUUCGAGAUACUUGUGCAAGUGCCCAAAUGAGUUUACUGGUGAUCGUUGCCAAAACUACGUAAUGGCCAGCUUCUACAAGCAUCUUGGGAUUGAAUUUAUGGAAGCGGAGGAACUCUACCAGAAGAGAGUGUUGACAAUCACCGGCAUCUGUAUCGCCCUGCUGGUGGUCGGCAUCAUGUGUGUGGUGGCCUACUGCAAAACCAAGAAACAGCGGCAAAAGCUUCAUGAUCGGCUUAGGCAGAGCCUUCGGUCUGAACGGAACAACAUGGUGAACAUAGCCAACGGGCCUCACCAUCCGAACCCACCACCAGAGAACGUGCAGCUGGUGAAUCAAUUCGUGUCUAAAAACGUCAUCUCCAGUGAGCAUACUGUCGAGAGAGAAGCCGAGACAUCCUUUUCCACCAGUCAUUACACUUCCACAGCUCACCACUCCACGACUGCCACCCAGACGCCUAGUCACAGCUGGAGUAACGGGCACACAGAAAGCAUCAUUUCAGAAAGCCACUCUGUAAUCAUGAUGUCAUCAGUAGAAAACAGUAGGCACAGCAGCCCAGCUGGGGGCCCACGAGGACGUCUUCAUGGUCUGGGAGGCCCUCGCGAGUGUAACAGCUUCCUCAGGCAUGCCAGAGAAACCCCUGACUCGUACCGAGACUCUCCUCAUAGCGAAAGGUAUGUAUCAGCCAUGACCACCCCGGCACGUAUGUCACCUGUAGAUUUCCACACGCCAAGCUCCCCUAAAUCACCCCCUUCGGAAAUGUCUCCACCCGUGUCCAGCAUGACGGUGUCCAUGCCCUCCAUGGUAGUCAGCCCCUUUGUGGAAGAAGAGAGACCUCUGCUUCUUGUGACACCGCCAAGGCUCCGGGAGAAGAAGUGUGAUCGUCACCCCCAGCAACUCAACUCCUUUCAUCACAACCCUGCCCAUCAAAGUACCAGUCUCCCCCCUAGCCCACUGAGGAUAGUGGAGGAUGAGGAGUACGAGACGACCCAGGAGUAUGAGCCAGUUCAAGAGCCUGUUAAGAAACUCACCAACAGCCGGCGGGCCAAAAGAACCAAGCCCAAUGGCCACAUUGCCAAUCGGUUGGAAAUGGACAACAACGUAAGUUCUGUGAGCAGUAACUCAGAAAGUGAAACAGAAGAUGAACGAAUAGGUGAAGAUACACCAUUCCUGGGCAUACAGAACCCCCUGGCAGCCAGUCUUGAGGCGGCCCCUGCCUUCCGUCUGGCUGAUAGCAGGACUAACCCAGCAGGCCGCUUCUCCACGCAGGAAGAAUUACAGGCCAGGCUGUCUAGUGUAAUGGCUAACCAAGACCCUAUCGCUGUAUAAACCUAA